AUGUCCAGAACAGAGAAGCUGGCGAGACUCAGAGCCGCCAGGAGUGGUGCCAAAGUGGACGACUACCACUCCGAUAAUGACGAGAACCUGAACAUCUACGACGAGGUUGACGAGAACCAGUACCGGAAACACAAGCGGGACCGUGUUCUGAACGACGACUUUAUUGUCGACGACAACGGCGAGGGGUACGCCGAAACGGGCGCAGACGACUGGGAGGCGCAGAACGCAGCGGCAUACGGGUCCGAGGACGAAGACGUCGACGCAGAAGAAAACGGAAAUGGGAGGAAACAGCCCAAGAAGCUGAGGAAGGUUAAGAUGAUCAAGGACUCGAACGGCGGUGCGGCAAGCAAGGGGAUCGACUCCUUUUUCAAACAGCCCGCCGUGAGCUUCGAAAAGAAACAGCAGAUGAAAAAGAAAGACAACGACCCGAGCAUCCUCAACGACAUUCUCUCCGACUUCACGUCCAAGGCGACCAGCUCGUUGAAGAAAAAGCAGACGGCGAUCAACAAACACGUGAUCAACACCUCCACGCCGGCGGCAAAGAAGGCCCGCAACUUGUCCGCUACCAACACCCACUCCUUUGAUUCCACCUCCCCAAGCGCCAAGAGAUCGAACGACACAAGAACAAUCAUGCACGAUGAGACGUCCUUCUACACCGCUCCGCAGUUUGACGAGUCGGUGCCUUUGGAGACCCCCUCUUCACCAAUCAGAACCUCCGAGACUGCGGCCAAAAACCUCAAUAUACUUGAUGCCUUGGACGACGUCUCCAUGGACAUCUCUGGCGGAGCCGACGACGUAGAAGCCAACGACUUUGACGAUGAUGACGAUGAAGAUGACGAUAUCAUUAUUUCCAAAAGGAAGAAAGUGUCCGCAGUGAUAGAUCGGAAAAUGAAAGCCGUUGAUUCUUCUCCGUUGAAAAACGCCAAACAGCUGGACAUAGAAUCUUCGCCAUCUAAGGCUUCGAACGUGUCGAACUUGUCAAACAUAACCUUUGAAAAGCUAGAGGGUAACGAUGUGGUCAUGAAGGAUGAGGAUGGGGAUGAGGGGAUUCAGAUGUUCUGGUUGGACUAUAUUGAGCUAGACAACUCUUUAUUGCUCUUCGGUAAAAUCAAAACAACCGACGGGAGGUUGGUCUCCGGUAUGGUCCAAGUCAAUGGGCUUUGCAAAACAUUAUACUUUCUUCCUAGAGCGAAAAAGCCGGUCAACGACGACGACGACGACGACAACGACGACGAAGAGCAAGUGGAUGAUGACCCAGAGAAACCUUGCAGCCCAAUGGACGUAUAUGACGAAAUAAUCCCACUUUUGAUGGACAAAUAUGGACUGGACUCGAUCAAGGCCAAACCCCAACACAUGAAAUACGCAUUCGAACACCACGAUAUCCCAAAAGAAGCAGAAUACUUGAAGGUUUUGCUACCCUACAAAACUCCUAAGAGUAAAGGUGUUUCAAUUCCAGCGAACCUCACAGGAGAGACAUUUGCUGCCGUUUUUGGUACCAAUACAUCUAUCUUUGAGUCUUUUGUCAUGCAAAGACAGAUUAUGGGUCCUUGCUGGUUAACCGUUACAGGAUGUGACUUCUCAAGUUUGCAAAACGUUUCACACUGCAACAUCGAGCUGUCAGUUUCUUCGCCUAACGAUAUAUCUCCCGAUCUUUAUACUAGAGAUCCUCCUCCUUCAUUGAAUGUGCUCUCUCUUAAUGUUCAAUCUUAUAUGAAUGCAAAGACAGGACGGCAAGAAGUUGGUUCUGUGUCUCUGGCACUUUACAAAAGUUUGCCACAAGAUGUGCCCAUCUCUCCGGAGUUACAACCAACGGAGCAAAUAACACUUGUGAGGCCAGUUGGCGGAACUAUGAAUUUACCAGUAGGACUCAAAGGUUUAGCAGAAAAGAAGGGAAUGGCUUUACGUAUUCUGAACAACGAGAAAACCUUGUUGAACUGCUUGGUUGGGAUGAUCAAAAAAUACGAUCCGGAUGUUUUCUUUGGUCAUAGAUUAGAGAAUGUUACCUUGGAUAUCCUUCUACAUAGAAUGAAGGACCUGAAUAUCAAUCAGUGGUCGAAUAUGGGACGCCGAUCAAGAAAGGUUUUCCCAGAAAAGUUUAGCAGGUCUAACGGUCGUUAUAAUCUAUUCCUCAUCCGUGAUAUGCUUGCCGGUAGAUUGCUAUGUGACAUUUCAAAUGACAUGGGGCAGAGUUUGACACCUAAAUGUCAGUCUUGGGAAUUGGCAGAAAUGUAUGAAGUUGUUUGUCGGGAUAAAUAUUCUCCCAUGGAAGUGAAUUUGGCCAACCCUCUUGUUGCAGAAGAUGCCAACAAAUUACUAGCUGCUAUUAAUGAAAAUGCACAGGCAGUUCGAAUAAUAGCGAAAACAGCCUUUGGAAUGCAGAUUUUGACGACUUCAAAACAGCUUACCAAUAUAGCAGGUAAUGCAUGGUCUCACACACUGGGUGGUACCAGAGCUGGUAGAAAUGAGUAUAUUUUGCUUCACGAGUUUGAGAGAGAAAACUAUAUUGUUCCUGAUCGAGAAACCCGUGCUCAGAGGCAAAAGCAAGCAAAUGGUGAAACUGAGGAGAAUGGCGACGAAGGUAAUGAUGAGAGCAAUACUGUAAGUAAUAAAAAAGCAAAAUUCCAGGGUGGUUUGGUUUUUGAACCCGAAAAAGGCUUGCAUAAGAAUUACAUUUUGGUCAUGGACUUUAACUCCUUGUAUCCGUCGAUUAUUCAAGAAUUCAAUAUCUGUUUUACGACAAUAGAAAGAAGUAAUUUGGGUGAAGAUGAACUACCCAAAGUCCCAACGAAAAGUGCUAUGGGUGUAUUGCCCAAAUUGCUUCAACAGUUGGUGACAAGACGUAGAGAAGUCAAAUCGUUAAUGAAAGACCCAAAACUAAGUGCUAUUGAGAAAGCUCAGCUAGAUAUCAAACAAAUGGCUUUGAAAGUUACUGCAAACUCGAUGUAUGGUUGCUUGGGUUAUGUGAACUCCAGAUUCUAUGCAAAACCUUUGGCCAUGUUGGUUACCAACAAAGGUCGUGAAAUUUUAUUGGACACUAGACAGUUGGCCGAAAGUUCAGGAUUAACUGUUGUCUACGGUGAUACAGAUUCCGUGAUGAUUGAUACAAGAUGUGAUUCGUUUGCAGAGGCUAUAAAGAUUGGAAAUGGGUUCAAGGAGAAGGUCAACGAGAGGUACAAAUUGUUGGAGAUCGACAUUGAUAAUGUUUUUAAAAGGUUACUUCUUCAUUCUAAAAAAAAAUAUGCAGCAUUGAACUGUUCCAUCAAUGAACAGAAUGAAGAAGUUACAUCAUUGGAGGUCAAAGGUCUUGAUAUGAAGAGACGUGAGUAUUGCCCACUGUCAAAAGAGCUGUCGAUUUUUGUUUUGAACAACAUUUUACACAGCUCUGAUCCACAGGAAGCAUUGAAUGAAAUCUACGAAAAACUUGAGGAGGUUACAGCUGAGUUUGAUGAAAAUGCAAUUCCAAUGGUGAAGCUACGUAUAAACACAAAACUUUCGAAGGAUCCUUCCAAGUACCCUGGCGGAAAAAGCAUGCCUUCCGUUCAGGUUGCUCUUAGACUCCAGAACCAAGGUAAAAUCAUCAAAGCUGGCAGUGUGAUAACUUUUGUGAUUACAACGGGAGACCCAGAUGGUGAUUCUAAAGAUUUGGAAGGAAGUGCAGCCUCCGUCGCUGAGCGAGCCCGAGCAUUAACUGAAGUUUUGAACUCCAAUUACAAACCAGAUAAAAAAUAUUACUCCGAAAAACAACUUUUCAAUCCAAUCGAUCGGUUACUUACUCGUGUGGAAGGUUACGAUGUUGUCAGACUGGCACAAUCUUUAGGCCUAGAAGCACAUCGAUAUGAGGCCAAGGCCAGAGACAUUGUGCAGCAGCAUGAGUUACAACCAUUGGAAUCGACGAUACCAGACAGUACAAGGUUCAGAGACAUGAAAGAUCUGAAACUAUGCUGUACCAAUUGCUCAAGCGAGUUUCUUUUCGGUGGUAUCCAGCCAAGUGCUGACUACCAGAUGACCUUUUCAGGGAUCAAGUGCAAGCAGUGUGAGCAUAACCUCCAUCCACUUUCCAUUGCUGCGCAGCUAGAACUGUUUAUCCGAACUGAGUUGUCGAUUUACUACCAGUGUUGGCUAGUUUGUGACGAUUGUGGUAUUCAAACUAGACAGGUGAGUGUUUACGGUAAGAGGUGCAUUGGAGCAAAUGGCACUGCACACGAAUGCAAAGGUGUUAUGAGGAUCAAGUAUAGCGACAAGAUGAUUUAUAACCAAUUGCUAUAUUUGCAGACUCUUUUCGAUAUUGAAAAAACCAAGCAACAACAGCUCAAACCUUUGCCGUCCGAUAAACCCCUCCCAGUUACGUUGAAUAAGGGUGAGAUCGAUGCACUUGCUGAACAAAACAGGAAGCAGUUUUCUCUACUUCGAAAAGUUGUACAGAAGUACCUCGAUGUUAACGGAAGAAGAUAUGUUGAUCUUGCGUCCAUUUUCAGAGUCAACUAA